AUGAUCGCCACCACUGCACCGGAAAUACAGAUAACAAAAUUCUGGGAAAUAGAAGAAGCGGACACCCUCACAGACAACAACAGCCAGGAAAGCCCCUGCCAAGAAUUCUUCAAGAAAACUUACACAAGGAAUCAGGAUGGCACAUAUACUGUACGACUGCCAUUCAAGGAGAAGGAACAAUUGCUAGGACAAUCAAGAAAAACCGCCAUCGCUCGACUUUUGCAGAUAGAGAAGAAGUUCGAGAAGGACGAGAAAUUGGAAGCAAUGUACAAAGAAUUCAUGUGGGAAUAUAUCGAACUAAAACACAUGACUCCAGUAAAUCAGACGACCAGCACAAGAUACUACAUUCCGCAUCGAGCAGUAAUAAAAGAGGACAGAGAAACAACAAAACUGCGUGUCGUAUUCGACGCGAGCCAGAAAACCAGUACCGGAAUCAGUUUAAAUGAUAUAUUACACACUGGUCCCAAGCUUCAACAAGACUUGAUUGAUAUAUUAUUGAGAUGGCGAAAAUACGAAAUCGCGUUGACUGCAGAUGUGGAAAAAAUGUACAGGCAGGUCAAACUACAUGAAGAUGAUCAAACAUUCCACACUAUUUUAUGGAGGUUCAACAAAAAUUACCCAAUCCAGGAAUAUCAACUCACGACAGUCACCUACGGAACCGCUCCCGCUGCCUACCUUGCUAUAAGGACCAUGCACAAUUAG